AGAGCUUCAAUGGAGGCAAGCUGCACCUCGCAGAUUCCUCUUACUCAUUGCGCCUCGUCGUCGUGUCGCAGCGUUGGUCUCGAAGGAGGGCUAUCGUCGCCAUGGCGUCCACUACGGAGUCAGUGCAGUGCUUCGGCCGGAAGAAGACAGCCGUGGCUGUGACCUACUGUAAGAAGGGUCGAGGUCUGAUCAAGAUCAACGGGUGCCCCAUUGAGCUCGUGGAGCCCGAGAUUCUGCGUUACAAGGCCUUCGAGCCCGUGCUGCUCCUUGGCAGGCAGAAGUUCGCUGGCGUAGACAUGCGCAUCCGCGUUAAGGGUGGAGGUCACACUUCGCAGAUUUACGCCAUCAGGCAGAGCAUUGCUAAGGCGCUUGUAGCGUACUUCCAGAAGUAUGUCGACGAGCAGUCGAAGAAAGAGAUCAAGGAUGUGCUCUUGAGAUACGAUAGGACUUUGCUUGUGGCCGAUCCCCGUCGGUGCGAGCCCAAGAAGUUCGGAGGUCGUGGUGCCCGCUCUCGUUUCCAGAAGUCUUAUCGUUAAAUGGCGAGGCCAGCAGUUGUUACGUGGUGGUUGCUGCGGAUUAUGUUGUGCAGAGGUACUCGAGUUUUUUAGGUUUAAGUGACCAAAAAAUUAGGGCUGUGGAUUCGAGGUUAUCUGGAUUCUCUUAUCUGCGAAGGUGCUUAUAUAUGUUAGAACUAGCGGCACAUUACAGGAUUUUCUCCAAUUUGGGGCUGGUUUUUGUUCAGAAUGGUUUGCUCACUCAUCGGUGACGUCUCGUUGAGGUGUUCGGUGAUUGCUUGUAGCUUAACAAUGUUCGAAGGCACAUUACUCUUUCAUUAGUGAGUGGUAUAUCAGUCAA